CACAGGUAUCACCUGUGUGCUGUCUCCAUCUCCACCUGCAAGUGCAGCUGUGGGAUGAACAUGCAGGUGCAAAUGUAGGUGGGCAUUUUUUUUUUUUUUUUGCUUCACUGGCAGGGAAGCAAACCAAGGGCAGCUCCUCCCUGCCCCUGCGAUUUGCCUUCUAGCAGAAUUUCAGCUCUAAGGGGCAGCUGUGUUCAGGGAACGCAGCAAUUCUGUGAAAUCCCAUCCCAGCCCUGCAAUACCCUUUUAUUUCCCAACAAAGCAAGCGCGGCAGAGGCAGUGAAAUGCAGAAAGGCAGUGAAACGCAGAACUGUGGUUAGGCAAGGGAAAACAUUAGCUUGAGGGGGGUUUAUCUUUGCAACUUGGGGCUGAAGCAGCUUCAGCUGAGUCCCGGCAGCUCUGGAGCUCCCGCUGACCUCAGCUCCGGGAAAGCUUCUCCCCUUCCCGGACCGCGGGUUUUUUUAACUCCCGUGUGGCAGGAAAAAGAGGGAAUUCCUUGGCUCCUGGCAGGGAAUCGGGCUGGCAGGGAGCUGUCGCUACCCGGGCGCUCCUUUGUGUCGCUGCUGCUCCGCGGGUACCAACGGAGGAGGAGGAGGAGGAGGGGAAGAAGGAGGAGUUGAUGGAGAGAGGUCCUGUGGCGACAGCCGAGCCCCAGGCUGCUGCUCCCGGCUCUCUCCCGCUGGUUUGGCCGCUCCAUCCGUGUUUUUGGAAGGAUAUCUGAGGGUCCGGGCGGCGGAGGCUGCACAGGAUCUCACAAAUAAAUUCUGCGUCAAGCCCACGGCUUCUGUGAGGUUUCCACUUGCCCCUAUGGACAUCCAUCCAUGGCAGGGCUUCAGGCAUGACUGAGCCACUGCCUGGUGGCUCACGGGCUUGAGCUCUGAAAGGCCUUCCUCUCCUGUCGCCGUGCCCCAGAACUGCCGUGUCCUCUCUCCCUGAUGGCUUUAGAGCUCCAAAAUGAACAGGGAGGGAUGUGCCCCACAGCACCUCCCUGUCCCCGUUCCUGCCUAGAUGGGGACCCGCUGCCCAGCGCCAUGAGGACCAACCACUGCAGCCACCUGCCUGGAGUGCCCCCGGAGCGCCCACACCCUCCAGCCCCCGAUGGAAAGAGCCUGCCUGGCAGCAGCGGGGGCCUGGCCACCAGCUGUCCCCAGUAUGUCAUGCAGGUGUCCUCCAAGGAUGGGCAGCUGCUCUCGUCCGUGGUGCGGACCCUGGCCGUGCAGAGCCCCUUCAACGACCGGCCCAUCUGCAGGAUCUGCCACGAGGGCAGCAGCCACGAGGAGCUGCUGUCCCCCUGUGAGUGCACGGGGACCCUGGGCACCAUCCACCGCAGCUGCCUGGAGCGCUGGCUGUCGUCCUCCAACACCAGCUACUGUGAGCUCUGCCACUUCAGGUUUGCAGUGGAGCGCAAGCCCAGGCCACUGGUGGAGUGGCUGAGGAACCCGGGCCCCCAGCACGAGAAGAGGACUCUCUUUGGGGACAUGGUGUGCUUCUUGUUCAUCACCCCGCUGGCGACCGUCUCCGGCUGGCUGUGCCUGCGAGGAGCCGUGGACCACCUGCACUUUAGCAGUAGGCUGGAAGCUGUUGGCCUCAUUGCACUCACUGUGGCACUCUUCACUAUUUACCUCUUUUGGACCCUGGUGUCCUUCAGGUACCACUGCCGGCUGUACCACGAGUGGCGUCGGAACAAUCAGCGGGUGAUGCUCCUCAUCCCAAAAUCUGCCAACGUCCCCUGCACCCAGCAGUCCCUGCUGGGCCUGCAGCCCCUCAAAAGGAGCUCCAAGGAGACAAUCGUGUGAUUUGGGGGUGCAGCUGCACACUAAAGGUGGUUUUGGUUUUGUUUUUUUCCUCCUCAGACCCGUCGGGGUCGGGCAGCGUCCAGCACCCAGGAAUGUGCAAUUUGGAUUUACGGACUGACUGCAGAGGGAUAAAUCACAGUCAGAGUUCAAGUGGUGGAUGCUGCAGUCAUCUGUGGCACAUCUGUGGCAUCUGCUAAGCUGCCAAACGUGUUUAGUGAGCAGGGACCCUAUGGAUUCUGCAAAUAUGUUAAUUGUUGCGUCAUCGAGUGAUGCAAACUUUUUUAUUGUUUAAAGUAUUAAACUAUGGUAAUUAACAAUGCAAAACAGGUUUUAAAAGUGCUUUGUUUUUAUGGUUUCUUGUUCCUACAGUGCUGUUUCUUUAGGCAGCUGGACAGUAACCAAUAUUUAUUUCUGCUUCCUAAAGCACAGCAAUGGCAUUUCCUCAUUUGAUUUUAUCUGCAGGUCCAUUAUACCAAUGUUUUGAUUAUUAAAAUCUGUGUAUAAUGAGCUCUAAAAAUUGGCACAUUAUUUAAAUGCUACAAAGUGAUUAGAAAAUUGUAUUACCCGUUUCCUAUUUGGCAGGGAAGAUCUGACAGGAAGAUUCUUCAGUUAUGACUCUAGCAUGCGCAAGAGAAAAAUUACACAAAUUGCAAUAAUCUUCCUGUCAAAAGUAUUAUAGUACAUAGCACUCAGGAAAAAAAAAAAAAAAGAUAUUGUACUUUUCCAUAAAGAAGCACCACAUUCUUCAGUAAAGUGCACAUUCUGCUGGUGUGAAUUCAAACUUAGCCAACAUAUCCUGCAUUUAUACCAGGCUGAAUUCAACUCUGCAGCUUACUUUUGUAUAGGGAAAGAUCUGCAUACAUAAUGAAUGAGAUCAUCAGAUAAGUUUUAGGAAGCAGGGACUCAUCUUGCAUGAAGAGCAGCAUUAUUUUAAAGCAGCAGAAACUCCAGCUUGACAGGUAGGAUUUGGCAAAGUGUGUGCAAACCCUGACCUCUUAUGGUAGCACUGAGACAAAAAAAAAAAAAA